AUGGCUGCCUCUGAGUUAGCAGGGUUCUUAAAUUCGAGCACCAACAAGAAGAAAGGAGCACUCACCAUUAUCCUAUCGAUUUCUUCAGGUAUGCUGCUUCUGUCUGCAGUAGUGUACACCUGUGCAACUAAAAAGAAAAGACAUCACAUGAAAAAACGAGGAAACCGGGAGUAUGAUUCUGAAAAAAAUAGUACCGAUUUUAGCACGGAGGAUCUUGACGAGUUACCGUUUUUUAGCCUAAAUAGCAUAGCCAAGGCAACUAAUGGCUUUAGCAUCAACAAUAAGAUUGGAGAAGGCGGUUUUGGUCCCGUGUACAAGGGUGUGUUGGAAGAUAGACAAGAAGUAGCAGUAAAACGACUCUCAAAAACAUCCCAUCAAGGAGUUGAUGAGUUCAAGAAUGAAGUCUUUUAUAUUGCAAAACUUCAACAUCGGAAUCUUGUGAAGCUUAUUGGAUAUUGCAUUCAUGGAAAUGAAAUGAUUUUGAUUUAUGAAUACAUGGUUAACGGAAGCUUGGACUCAUUUCUGUUUGAUGAAACCAGAAGUUCAAUGCUUGACUGGCCUCAUCGCUUUGGGAUUAUCCAUGGAAUGGCUCGAGGUAUUCUGUAUUUACAUCAAGAUUCCCGCCUUCAAAUCAUUCAUAGAGAUCUCAAAGCAGGUAAUAUUUUACUGGAUGAGGACAUGAAUCCAAAAAUAUCCGACUUUGGCCUUGCAAGAAAGUUUGUAGGAUUUGAUACCUCUGCCAAGACAAAGAAAGUGGUUGGAACAUAUGGUUACAUUUCUCCAGAGUAUGCAAUGCAUGGGCGUUUCUCUACAAAGUCAGAUGUAUUUAGUUUCGGUGUUUUAGUGUUGGAAAUAGUGAGUGGAAGGAAAAACCAAGGAUUUUCUCACAAAGAUCAUAGCGACAACCUUCUUGGACACACAUGGAGACUCUUCAAAGAAAACAAGUCCAUUGAACUCAUGAAUGCAUCUUUAAGGGAUUCAUGUGUUAUGUCGGAAGUAUUGCGAUCAAUACAUGUAGGGUUAUUGUGUGUGCAACAUAAUGUAGAAGAUAGGCCAACCAUGUUGUCAGUGGUUUUGAUGUUGAUUAGUGAGGGAGUGUUGCCUCAACCUAAACAACCUGCUUUUUUUACUGGAGAGAGCUACCCUGAACACUAUGGUAAAUCAUCAGAUGAAUACAUGAUAACACUACCAUAUGCUCGAUAGGAUAAGCAGAAUUUGUAUGUCAUAUGUAUAUAUACAUUAAACUUUGUAGCUUGAUUGGUUUGAAUCCUUGUGUAGACUUGACAGACUUUGUUAUUAAUUGUAUAAUGUUUAAAUAUGCUUGCUUCAUUUUCCCUUUCAGACUGGUUUAAGAAAAAAACAUUGAGCAAAAAUAUUUCAUCGAAUUUUUUAUCUCAUUGUUUGGGCACUUCCUUUUCAAGAACACUGUGGACGAGAGCACUCUAAAACUAGAUAAGAUCGUGGUAGUAAUUAUCAUAUAUUGUAUUUCCUAUAGUAUAGGUGGUUGUUAUUGUUUCCUUUCCUUGCAUGUUGUAUCCCUAUAUAUGUAUACCUUCAGUAACCUUAAUGAAAGAGAUGAAGCCUUCAUACGAA